CUGGGAUACUUCGACGCUGUUGCCGGACAUGGAGCAGCUUCGACGGGAGGUGCAGCGAGGUGUCAAGAUGGUGGUCAUCACAACGCCAGGGAACCCUUCGGGGGCAGUGUGCCCCCGGGAGACCAUGGAAGAGAUUACGCGGCUUUGCGGGGAGAACAACGCCUGGCUGGUGGUCGAUGAGGCCUACGAACACUUUCUACACGACGGCGAGAGGUGGGGAACGGGACCUGCGGGCAAAGUAAGCGCAGCCAUCCCUCGUCCAAAACUCCAUCCUCUUGUAUUUCGGAGGCCACACCCCUUGCCCGACGUUGGGCUCGUGUUAUUGGGCCUGGAGCCCAGUCCCACCCCUCCCAUCAUUCUCCCACCAUCUCUCAACCCUUAUGUGGGGACCCCCACAGUGUUGCCACAUUACGAAUCACCACACCCCCGCCUGUUCGAUCCGUUCUUCUUCUCCAGGCACUUCAGCCCUUGUGGCAACAGCCUCGGCUGCCCCGACAACGUUAUCCACCUGUUCACCAUGUCCAAGUCGUUCGGGCUGGCCGGGUGGCGAGUGGGUUACGCGGUUUACCCGUCUUGGGCGAGCAAGGAGAUGGUCAAGGUGCAAGACACCCUGCCGACGCACGCCUGCACGGGGAGCCAAAAGAUCGCCCUCGCCGCACUGGAAGGUGGUGUCGACUGGGUCAAGUCGAAGGUGUCAUCGCUUUCAAGGUGCCGAUCGGCCAUGUGGGCUGCCGUGAAAGAUAUGGGAGGCGUUAUGGGCAAGGGGUCCUUCUACUUCCUCGUUCCGGUGCCAGUGGAGGAGGACAGGGCGGUCGACGUCCUAGCUAGGCGGUGGGGUGUGCUUACCACCCCAGGAAGGGCAUUCGGUGCUCCAGGACACAUCAGGGUAUCUUACGGAUCCCUUCCGGAGGAGCAAUGUCUUCCUGCUAUUCGAAGCCUAGCAGAGGGCUUGCGAGAGUUAUCCAACGAGGCUUCGGAGACGCAGGCUGAGCGUGGUUAGUUCUGCCGCAUCGCAAUAUGUUCCAGAUGGCCACGAGGGGCCAAACCUUGCGGGGAGUUUCGAAAGGUCCUCUCGUCUGGGGUCGGUCCGAACGGAACGAUUGAGUGAUUGGAAUUUUGGCAAGUGAGAAAGGGCGCGCUUUGCCCGAAACAUGUUGCGGGUGUUCAACUCUCACAUUGUAGCUAGACCUCGGGGCGUUUAUAGGGUAGGGGUCAUGGAUGUUGCCCCGCACAAGGUAUGUGCUUGUGAUGAAGUGUUUCGCCUAAAAUUGCCGUGAGUUUUAAAGUUGCUGGAUUGGACUUAUUUACGAAGCAUUGUUCGAGACUGCGAGAUAGGUCGACUUGAUGAAGCUAUCCGACUCGAUAUGCUGCAACUGAUUGCCUUCAGCGGAUGGAUGCAUCGGGCCAGCUUUUCAACGGGUUCAGGGUUAGUGGUGUUUCACAUCCCGCCUGUUUUUUCAAGCCCCACUUGGCCCGCAGUUCUUUUGGCGUUGCAAAUGUGAAAGUUAAGAUUAGACGAAUGUUGUUUGGCACGCGCGUGCGCGGCGGGCUUCUUGCACACAUGGCUUAGCCGACCUUCAUUGUCUCUCAU